CAUUUGAGGACAAAAGGUUGAGCUAACAGGUUUCGCAUGGAACUGUCCCUUUAAACCUCAUCAGCAAACAUGCCACACACCCCACCCCCUUCUGAAUGAAGAAAAAAAAGGACACAGACCAUGCAUUGUUUUACGAUAGCCCUUGGAAGGAUAACCCUGGGAACGAAAAGCAGGGUUCACUUGUUGAGCAGCUAAGCAAACCAGUCCGAAGUUCUGUCUAGGAGGAGUUGAAGCACCAUGGCUCACCGUCUGUUUGAGGAGAAGGAGCAUGCUGCCUCCUACUGGAAAUAUCGAGUUUCUCCUUCAGCUCAGCUCAUAGACAAGGUGCUGGUCUUCCUGGAGAAGAAGAAGGGCCUUCCUUUUGAACUUGCAGUAGAUGUAGGCUGUGGGUCUGGACAGGGAACUGGGCUGCUGGCCAAUCACUUCUCAACAGUGGUGGGGACUGACAUUAGCCCUGCCCAAUUAGAGGUAGCCAUGGAGCAUGCCACUGCCCAGAACAUCACCUACAGACACUGUCCAGCUGAGAACCUGCCAUUCGGGGACAGUUCUGUGGAUCUGCUGACAGCCAUGUCUGCUUUUCACUGGUUUGAUCGACCACGAUUCCUACAGGAGGCCAACAGGGUCCUAAAGCCAAGAGGUUGUCUGGCCCUGAUCAACUACACCAUGGACAUGGAACUGAGCCAUGCAGACUGCUGCCCCAACUCUCUCAAUGAUGUCUGCAAAGAGUUUUAUGCAGCACUGCAGCCCUAUCGUAAUCCUCACCUUGGCCCAAGCUCUGUGGAGCUCUACAGACAGACCUACGAGGCCCUUUCCUACACAGAGAAGGAAUGGCAGAAGUGUGUGUGGGUUAGGAGGUCUGUGCCUGUGUCCAGCUACAUAGGGAUGGUGGAGUCGUUCUCCAGCUACCAGGCCCUGAGGCAGAAGGACCCAGAGGAGGCCAGGAGACUGUCCAGCCACAUCACACACAGGUUGUUAACAGUAAUGGGUGUGACUUCAUCAGAAACAGAAGUGAUAGUUGGAGUUCGAUAUUUCUACCUACUUGCCUGCAAGCCUGGGAAUGAAUGAGCCCCAAGCCUGACUCCAGUUCACCUGGGUCCUGCCGAGCAGCACUCACUGGAUCUCUCCAGGGGAACCUUUGUGUGCCCAGUGCUGAUACAAAAAAAUAUAUCAAUUAGAAUACUGAAUCUCUUCCGAUCUCUCAUAGGCUGUAUUUCAUUUAACACACACGUACACACACACACACACACACACACAUUGGGGU